AGUCAUGUGAUUCGUGCAGAACUGGUUCCCAACACUUGCAGUUUGGCACUCUGAAGAAUAUUUCUGCAAGGAUGACGCUCGCACCGGUCCGGGUGCUGUUGGGGACAGGCGUUCUCUGUCUGCUGUCUUCUUUAUGUUCAGCCAAAGACCCCAACGCCACUGUCCCACUUGUCAUUUGGCAUGGCAUGGGAGACAGCUGCUGUAAUCCUCUGAGUAUGGGGUAUGUCAAGAAGAUGGUGGAGGAGGAAGUGCCUGGCAUUUACGCCCUCUCCCUCAUGAUCGGGAAGACGGUCAUACAGGACACACAGAAUGGCUUCUUCAUGGACGUGAAUGAUCAGGUGGCGUUUGUGUGUGACCAGCUUGCAAAUGACCCCAAACUGAAGGAUGGCUACAAUGCCAUGGGCUUCUCUCAGGGAGGGCAAUUCCUGAGGGCCGUGGCUCAGAGAUGCCCUACUCCUCCCAUGAAGAACCUCAUCUCCGUUGGUGGACAACACCAGGGUGUGUACGGCCUGCCGCGCUGCCCGGGGGAGUCCCACCACAUCUGUGACUGGAUCCGCAAGAUGCUCAACUCUGGCGCCUACUCGGACUUUGUGCAGAAACAUUUGGUGCAGGCUCAGUACUGGCACGACCCUCUCAACGAUGACCUGUACAAACAGCACAGCCUCUUCCUCGCAGACAUCAACCAGGAGAGGGGGGUGAAUGAGACCUACAAGAAGAACCUGAUGGCCCUGGAGAAGUUUGUGAUGGUGAAGUUCUUGAAGGACUCUGUGGUCGACCCAGUCGUCACUGAGUGGUUUGGAUUCCUCAAGCAAGGCCAGGCAGAGGAGACCGAGACACUUCAGGAGAGUGCACUUUACAAGCAGGAUCUGCUUGGUCUGGGUGAGAUGGAUAAGGCAGGUAAGCUGGUCUUCCUGGAGUGCGAUGGAGACCACCUGCAGUUCACAAGGGAGUGGUUCACCGCCAAACUCCUGCCUUUCAUCAGCUGAGCACACACACACACACACACACACACACACACACACACACACGCACACAUACAGGCUCAAACUCCUGCCACGCAUCAGCUCAGCACAUACACACACACAGCCAUACUACUUUCGUUCAUAAGCUGAGUGUGUGGACGUACGCACGCAUGUUCACACACAAACACACAAAGCAAAACUGCUUUCAUACAUCAGCAUACAACCACACAGACACACACACACACACACACACACCUGUUGCUGUUGUGAGACUUGCGUUGCCAGUUGCACACGUCCAGAUAACUCCACUCUACUUAAACUUGUUGCUUGCAGUAGUUUCAAACUCACACCAGCAGAGGCAACCGUGUUCUAUGACCACCUGCACACACACACCAGAAGAGGUAACCAUGACUGUACAUGCACAUGCAGACUACAUGCAAUGAACAUUAUGACCGCGCAUAAGCAAACAGACACACACGCAGCUAUGGUACUGGUCUCAUUUGGGAAAAAAUGAAAAUGAUAAGAACAAUACUACCCCACAAAGGCAAAGUGCAGUAAAUAUAUCUUUUGUCAAAAUUGCGUUUAGACUGAAAUUGGGCUUCAGUACGCCUCCUUUAUCUUGUGACAAAGCCUUAUGGUACAAAUGUGUCCCAUUUUAGAGAUAUUGCUAUCAAAUUUGAUGUUACUACGAUAUCCAGCCUAAUACCAUGAAGGCUUUGAAGGCUUUUUUUCCAGUUUCAAUGUUGCUGCACUUUGCCUUUGUAGGGCAGAAUAGUGCGCUGCUGAUUAUACACUGGUGUGUCCUCAGCAGACCACAUGCUGAACUCUCUCGGUCUCUCUCUCUCACACACACACACACCUGAAGAGGUCACCAUAUGCCUAUGAUCACUUCACAUACACAGGUAAAGAUCGAUGUACAGGUUUCGAAUGCACUGAAUAUUUUGAAUGGGAAUGAAUGGGUGAAAGGGAUCUGCCCUGCUGAUCUUGUUUUUUUAGAACUCCGGAAGGGGAUACUCCAUACUCAUACUGUAUUUAACUGAUCCUGCAUGUUCAUUUGACUAAGAAAUCAUUUUAUUUGCCAUUUACAAUUUUAAUUUAAUUUGUUUAAACGGAUCAUGUUAUUUUAACACAACUGUUGGCAUUUGUUCCAUUUUCCCAAUAAAUGUACUCAAAAGAGCGUCA